AUGGUGGAGAACUCCAUUACCUGUGUUACAUCCUUCCGAGUGUCAUCACUAAUUCUACCAACACGAUGAACUUCAAGCUGCUCUUUCUCGUUGCGCUGGUGCUGAUGGCUGUCUGCCUUGGCCAGAGCGAGGGACGCCGGUUCAAGAAGUUCCUGAAGAAGGUGGAAGGUGCCGGUCGGCGAGUUGCCGGAGCUGCCCAGAAGGGUCUACCGUUGGCGCUGGGUGUAAAGGGUGUCCUUGGAUAGGGCGUACCUCACAAAGUAUCGGUCAAUCUGUUGCACGGCUUCCCGACACGAUCACCCCAUCAACGUCAACGAACUGUGUGUAACUACAAUGCAGUUCCAAUAAAGCGCGCCUGUCUCGGGCAAACUCUUCCUUAAUCCGUAAGUGAGCAGAUAAAAAA